GGGACACAGUCACCCUCCACUUGCUUUCCAGGCCCGUUAGUAGGAAGCUGGAUCAGAAAUGGAGCAUUCAGGACAUGAACCAUUGCCCAUGUGGGAUGCCAGUGGUUUUACCUAAUAAAUCACAAGAUUUUCCCCUAUUGUAUGUUCUUUUUAUUUGAAAUGCAGAGUUACAGAGAAAAAGAGAGACAGUGAGAGAUCUUUCAUCUCCAGGUUUACUCACCAGAUGCUUGAAAUGGCCACAGCUCUUACCAUUGCUGCCCUUUCGAUUCGGUGGCCUUUGAGGAUGUGUCCGUGAACUUCACCCAUGAAGAAUGGGCGCUACUGAAUGCUUCACAAAAGAAACUCUACAGAGAUGUGAUGCAGGAAACCCUCAGGCACUUGGCCUCUGUAGGACAAAAAUGUCAAGACCAGAAUAUUAAAGAUCGGUGUAAAAAAGAAGCAAGAACUCUAAGAAGUUGUAUGGUAGAGAGACUCUGUGAAAGUGAAAAGGAGAGUCAGUGUGCAGACACUUUCAGGCAGAUUCUAAAUCUCAGCCUGAGCAGGAAGACAACUGGAGUGAAGCCUUAUGAAUGUAUUGUGUGUGGGAAAGACUACAUGCUGCACUCCUCCCUCGUCAGGCACAUCAGAUGUCAUACUGGAUAUAAGCUAGAAGGCCUUAAGUUUGGAGGAAAGCCUUACAAGUGUAAGGUAUGUGGGAAUGCCUUCAGUUACCUCAAAUCCUUCCAAAUACAUGAAAGGACUCACACUGGAGAAAAGCCCUACACACUUCAGCAAUGUGGAAAAACCUUAAUAUACCACCAACCUUUGCAAACGCAGGAACAGACUCACACAGGGAAGAAACCCUAUGAAUGUCAGUACUGUGGCAAAUCGCUCAGUUCUUCCAGUUCUCUCCGAGUUCAUGAAAGGAUUCACACUGGAGAAAAGCCCUAUGCAUGUAAGAAAUGUGGCAAAGCUUUCAGUUGUCCCAGUUCUAUUCAAAUACAUGAAAGAACUCACACUGGAGAGAAACCCUAUAAAUGUAAGGAAUGUGGGAAAGCCUUCAUUUCCCACACAAGUAUACACACACACAUGAUCACACACAAUGGAGACAGACCUUAUAAAUGUAAGGACUGUGGGAAGGCAUUCAUUCAUCCCAGCUUUCUACGAGUACAUGAAAGAAUUCACACUGGAGAGAAGCCCUAUGCAUGUAAACAAUGCGGCAAAGCCUUCAGGUGUUCAACUUCCGUUCAGAUUCAUGAGAGAACUCACACUGGAGAGAAACCUUAUAAAUGUAAGGAAUGUGGGAAAUCCUUUCGUGCUCGCCCAGCCUUCCGAGUACACCUGCGAGUGCACACGGGGGAGAAACCUUAUAAAUGUAAACUGUGUGGAAAAGCCUUCAGCCGUCUCAGCUACUGUCGAGUACAUGAAAGGACUCACACUGGAGAGAAACCCUACAAAUGUAAAAAAUGUGGAAAGACCUUCAAUUACCCUCUGGAUUUGCAAGUUCAUGAAAGAAAUCACACUGGAGAAAAACCCUUUGAAUGUAAGGAAUGUGCAAAAGCUUUCAUUUCUGUUGAAAACUUUCGAAGACACAUGAUCACGCACACUGGUGAAGGGCCAUAUAAAUGUAGGGUAUGUGGGAAAGCUUUCGGCUAUCUCAGUGCUUUGAGAACGCAUGAAAGAACUCACACUGGAGAGAAGCCUUAUGAAUGCAAGCAAUGUGGGAAAGCCUUUAGUUGUUCGGGUUACGUAAAGAUACAUGAAAGAGCUCACACUGGAGAGAAACCUUAUGAAUGUAAGGAGUGUGGAAAAGCCUUCAUUUAUCCCACCAGCUUCCAGGGACACAUGAGAGUACACACAGGAGAGAAACCGUAUAAAUGCAAAGAAUGUGGGAAAGCCUUCAGCCUUCGUAGCUCCUCUCAGAGACAUGAAAGAACCCACAGUCAGGAGAAGCUUUAUGUAUGUAAGCAGUGUGGGAAAGCUUUCCGUUUGUCUAGGUCCUUGCAAAAACAUGUGACAACUCACACUGGAUAGAAACCAAUGAGAAUGUUUCCCAUUUCAAUAAUAAUUCCAAAGUUGUAAACUCCCCAGUGUAGAGAACUGAAUGAAUGUAACAUAAAGAGCUAGAUGCAAGGUAAUCCAAUAGUGUACAAUAUUUUAUCAACUGUGAUCUACUUUUGCUACGAGACUUUGAGGUGAGAACACUUUGUAAGAUUGUGUUAGGAUAGUUCAAGGAGAAAGGCUUUCUGUUGAAAUCAAGA